UGGUAAUUUUAUAUUAGACAAUUUGGUCCCUUUCUCUAUCUCUACCAUAAAGCAAAUGUGAUCAGACAAGCAUACAAAGAAGUUCCUCACUCUUUCAAAAAAAAGAUUUCUCAGCCAUCAAAAUCCCCUCUCUCUUCACCAACAAAAGAAUCUAUCUUUUUUUCUUUCAAAUCUAUAGUCAGAUUAAGAAAACAAAAUAUCAGGUUUUGUUUCUGCCGAUCGGAGGAAACUCAACUAUGGAUACGGCCCAGUGGCCACAGGAGAUGGUAGUGAAGCCCUUGGAAGAAAUAGUAACAAACACAUGCCCAAAGCCGCAAUCGGCGGCCCAUACACAGCAGCCACCAUCGGUUGGAGCGGGGGGAGGAGGAGCUGAGAGGAAGGCAAGGCCAGAAAAGGACCAAGCUAUAAACUGUCCAAGAUGUAACUCAACCAACACGAAGUUUUGUUACUACAACAAUUAUAGCUUGACUCAGCCAAGAUUCUUCUGCAAAGGUUGUAGAAGGUAUUGGACGGAAGGCGGUUCGCUUAGGAACAUCCCUGUUGGUGGUGGCUCAAGAAAGAACAAGAGAUCUCACUCUUCUUCAGUUUCUUCUUCUUCUGAUAUUAAUACAAAUCACUCGGAUUCUACACAACCAGCUACAAAAAAGCAUCACUCUGAUCACCACCACCUCAUGAGCAUCUCUCAACAAAGGUUGACUGGUCAAAACCCUAAAUUCUUUGAGACGACUCAACAAGAUCUCAAUUUAGGUUUUCCACCACAUGGGUUGAUCAGGAGCAAUUUCACUGACCUCAUUCACAACAUUGGGAACAACAACAUCAAGAGCACUAACAACCCAUUGCUCAGUUCUUCAUGUUCUUCCACGUCAGCUAUGGCAACUUCCUCUCUGGAUCUCAUAAGAAACAAUAAUAGUAAUAAUGGGAGUUCCUCAUUCAUGGGUUUUCCAGUUCAAAACCAAGAUCCAACAUCUGGAGGAUUUUCAAUGCAAGAUCAUUACAAGCCUUGCAACUCAAACACCACACUGCUAGGGUUUUCACUGGAUCAUCAUCAUAAUAAUGGAUUCCACGGAGGAUUUCAAGAAGGAGAAGAAGCAGCGGGUGAUGAUGUGAAUGGAAGGCACUUGUUUCCUUUUGAGGAUUUGAAGCUGCCAGUUUCUUCUUCAUCAGCAACAAUUAAUGUGGAUAUUAAUGAUAACCAGAAGCGAGCAAGUGGUGGUGAUGCAUCUGCUACUUCUGGUGGGUAUUGGACUGGGAUGUUGAGUGGAGGAUCAUGGUGCUAAUUUUCUCAGUUUGAUGAUGAAGAUAGUACUAUAUCAUUAAUGGUUAAUUAUCUUAAUUAUUUAAUUAAUCAUUAUGUUCUUAAUUUCAGUUUAAAUGUUCUUAUUGGUGGGUUAUUUUUGUUAAUUUUGGAAUUAGUUUGGAUUUAAGUAUAUUAUUGAGGGUCAUGCAUAUCGAAUGACUUUAAUUUGUUUUGAGUUUUUGUUAUGGAGGGUUAACACAGGUUAUAAAUGAUACAUUGGUUGGUCU